GAUUCCAGCCCGAGCUCACUCCCACUUCUGACUUGAAAAAUGGUGCAAAGGCAGCCAGCCACACAAUUCUUACUGCAGCUACUUAAAAAAACAAAAACAAACGGUGUAAUUUCUGAAUAUAUUCAUGCAAGCUGAAGAUUUGGUCAUACACCUGAACAUCAGGCGAGGAUGACACCAGCAAUCAACGACAGCGAGCUGGCGGAUCCGAGAGACGAGACUCUGGCCAGGGUAGAGAUCACUCUGCUGGCCAUCAUUUUCUCCAGCGCCGCCAUCCUGAACGGCGUCCUGCUGCUGGUCCUGUGGCGACAGCGCAAGCACAUGAGCCGGAUGCGCGUCUUCGUCUUCCACCUGGCGCUGGCCGACCUGGUAGUGACGUUCUUCCAGGUGUGCCCGCAGCUCAUAUGGGACAUCACGGACAGGUUCAUCGGGCCGGACCUGGUUUGCCGCCUGGUGAAGUAUUUGCAGGUUCUGGGCAUGUUCUCGUCCACUUAUAUGAUCGUGGCCAUGACGGUGGACCGGUACCAAGCGGUGUGCAACCCCAUGGUCAAGUUUCAGCGGACGCACCGGCGCAUGAGCGCGGCCGUGUGCGCGGCGUGGGGGGUGUCGCUGGUGGGCAGUCUGCCUCAGGUGUUCAUCUUCUCCCGGGUGGAGGUGGCACCGGGUGUGUACGACUGCUGGGCCAACUUUGUCCAGCCGUGGGGGCUCAAGACCUACAUUACGUGGACCACCGCGGUCAUCUUCGUGGUGCCCGUCAUCACGCUUAUCUUCUGCCAAGUGCGCAUCUGCAGGGCCAUCCAACAGAAUCUGCGCCGGAAGGCUCGGCGCGGCCUGUCUGUCCCGUUGCCCCCCCGAGCCAGUGGCGCGGCCGGCAUGCCUAAAGCCAGGGUAAAGACCCUCAAGAUGACCGUUGUUAUUGUGCUGGCAUAUGUGGUGUGCUGGUCCCCCUUCUUCACAGUUCAGCUGUGGUCUGCGUGGGACCCCAAUGCACCAAAGGAAUCUGCCACCUUCACCAUCCUGAUGUUGCUGGCCAGUCUCAACAGCUGCGCCAACCCCCUUAUCUACCUCUUCUUCAGUGGUCCGCUGCCUCGAAGGCUCCUGAUGCCGGUGUGCCAAAGGCGCUCCUUCACCAAGGACUCCAUGCACGACGAGGCAACACUGGUCAGCACCUUCUACACCAGUUUUAAAACUAUCAACAACAACAAAUGAAGAAAGCGUUUCAGGGGAGGAACACUGGUGAAAAGAAGCAAGGAGUGUUAACGCCUGCUGCAUGCCGUGAAGAUCCUAAACCUCCGGUGUCUCUCUGGACUGUAAAUAUAUCAUUUGACAAAUGAGAUGUUAAAUAUGGCAUCUCUCAGACAAGCACAAGUGGGUGGCCUGCAUGGGGAAGUGUGUUCCAGAUGCAGGACGUAGGGCAAGAACACGAGAACAAGGACAUUGUGUCCGAGUGAGGUGCCAGAAAGAAAACCAGUCUCCAAUAACCAUUAUGUUCCAUUCCUUUUCUAUGGUGUCACUCGAGGAGAACAUUCAGCAGACACCUGCACAGUGAAGAACCAAUACUGUGGUGUCCUGAGACACGAGUUCAGUUCCAAAAUCAUCUUUUUGUUGUAAAAUGAUCAGAAAUUGGAACCAUAUUCUGGAUCAUCAUGGUGCAUAAUUUUUCUUAACCAAAACUAGGCUGUGCUAAAAAUAAAAUAAUAUAUAUUUCUUUCAGAUUUACUCACACGAGACAAGUGUGCUGCCAUCUAGCGGUCAAGAUGGGAAUUACAAACAAUGGAGUUAACUGUAAUCAGUUCAAAUUUGCUAUGUGCCAAAUUACUUACUUACUGAAGUGUGUUGUGUUCACUGUCACCCCACAGUGUCGUAUCUCACAGCUCAGCCCCCAAAAAAUCGACCUAACUACUUGUAUUUUGAAACACUCGAAAGUUGGGUCACUCAUAUCUCAAGGCACCACUGUCCUAUAAAUUGAUUCCAAGACACACACAAUCAAGCCUGAGCACUAUUAAUUUAAAAGCUGCAUUUUUAACUAUUUCAUUGUUGGACUUUAUCACAAGUUGCAUCUUGUGACAGGUGGGCGAGGAUAAAUUUAAGCAUGAUUUAUUUUACAUUUAAU